AUGUACAAAAACACCACUAACAAUGACCAACCGACUCUCCCCCGUUUAACCACCAAAGUCGCUCUUUUAGGCCUCGUGUCCUCUCCUUCUCAUCGGAGGAUGGGAAUCAGGCUUAAAACUGGUGCGUAUGAAAUAGAGGAAUGGUUUCGCGAAAACGGCGCUGAAUAUUCCUACUUGGCACCUGAAAACGACACCAAAGCUUCCGUUAAACUUUUCACCGACAAAUGCGGUUACUCCAAAGGUUCCGUACUCCCUCGCAUCCUGGUCAACCCGGUCCUUCGCUCACGCGACUCCCCCGUCCACAAAGUUACAGUGUUUCAAGCUCCCUACUUGACGGACGCUGAAUUGCUUUACCGACGCGUUUCUUCUUCUUCUCCCACCACCGAGUUCUUCUUCCCCCGCGACACUUGUCUCCCGUUCUUUAAUAACAAACCAGCUUGGGCACUUUCUUGGCAGUGCCUGCUGUGGCUACCUAUGAAUCUCGAUUUCCUGUGCCCGGAUUCGAUUAAGUUUCUCUCCGACCCGCCUGAGUCUCUUGGCGUUCUUCUAUGUGUUGUGAACUGUAAGGAUUGUUGUUUAGAAUCGGAAAGUUCGCGGGUCUGUCGUCGUCCGUGUAAGCGGUAUUUGCGCGCUUGUUUUUUGCUUUUUUCAACGACGAAGAAUGGUUGAAUAAAAGCGUUACCCACGUUUUUAAGGUUACCUAUCUGGUGUCCCGAGGUGUUUUCAGUGAGGCCUUUUGGGAUUACAUUUUUUUAUAUGUUUGGAGGUGAAGGGCCACGCGCGGUGAAAAUGGUAAAGGCCUGUGUGCCUAACGCGCAUAACUUGGCUAAAGGAGCUGCGGAAAUGUGAUGGUUGGUGGCAACGGAGGUAUCGAGUCGCGAAACCGCUAAGUUAGGAAUUCCACACUGGAAAAUGCUAUCGUGCGCUGAGGAUUUAUGGUGCAUAAAAGACUUGGGGAAGACUACAAGUGACGGGUCAGUGGGUGACUGGACUAAAUCACCUCCAGGAGUGUCCAAUUUUUGUUGACGCCUAGAGAGUUUUCUAAGCAUGUUGUAGUCGUCACAUCAACAGAAGAAAAUCUGAAGACUUUAGGUAAAUUAGUAGGAUAACAGCAAACACAAAGGAGGGGUGCCUUUUUCUUUUAUAAUUAAAAUUCUUGUUAACUUGCUUUAUUU